GUUACAGUCUCUAAGCGUGGAGACGGAACGGACGAGCGAGAGACUGUGGAAGAGUCUAGGGCUGGCUGAAUGCCUGGAGAGAGGGACUGGGUAUUGGGACGUGUUUGCAUUGCGUGACAUAAGUUGACUAUUUUUAGAGGGCAUCUAGCCUAGACUACACUCGUUGUCAAUAAGUCUUAUUUAAUGUGUUCAGCUUGUGAACCGUAUAAUUAAGAUUGCAAAAUGCAUGGUAUUUUUGCUGGUAUCGUAGUCGCUUUCUUUGGUCUUUACUCGACUUGCUCAGGUAGAGAUGAUAGUCUUGUUGUAGACACAGCAGCUGGUUCAGUUCGUGGUCGCUUACAGAAUUUAAUCCACGGGUUAUCUGUGAAGCAGUUUGUUGGUAUACCGUAUGCAGAACCUCCAGUCGGUGAGCUAAGAUUUGCUCGACCACUACCUGUUAAACCUUGGAAUGGAGUGAAAGGGGCAGUGAAUUUCGGACCAGCAUGUCCACAGAUAAAAUUGAAGGAAAUGUUCGAACUACUUAAAUCAAAUUUCUCGGUUGAAGAUGGGAGACCCGAAUGUCGGCGAAACCACUCCCGUGGUCACGUGGCCUCGUUACAACAGCUCAGCACACGUUCAUUUACGUAUCUCUUUGAACCCCAAACUGGAGUUUUCCUUCCGUGAGAGGAAGAUGGCGUUUUGGAAUGAAUUCGUCCCAAAGCUUGCUGGAGGUGAAGCAGACCAGGAGAGUGGGGACAAAAAUACGAAGGAUAAUCAACCAGCGAAAGAAGAACUUUGAAUGACUAAGAUCUUUCAGCGCUGCGCUUAAUAUGCACGAUAAGGCACAGUUUUUUUUACGAUGCUAUUGCAUUUUACCAAUUUUCCAAAAAAAAAGGGGGGGGGGGGGUAUUCGACAAGUGCUGGUGAAUUUACGUUCGUAAACUUUUAACAUAUGUUGCUACCUAGUUUCCACUUUGUCAUUUAGUCGGCUUUCUUUGUAAAGUGUUCGUGAGCUACGUUCUGCAAGACCAAUAGAUCUUUUUACCUUAAUACGGUGGCCGAGAGGGUGACCGUUGCAUCAUGGAUGGUUUAUAGACUCCACAGCUGGGUGUCUUUUUAGAGAACUUGAUGUAAUUAAUUUGGAAAUCUUCAAAUUCGAGUCCAGUUGCAUCCACACUGCAGCAGUAAACUAUCUUCGUGAUGCCUUUGUUAAAAUUCAAAGCGCACCAAAAUAGUUAAACGGAAAGGGAGAGAAUAGCAUGCAUGUUGUAGCCAAGGAAGAUAACUAGAAGUUUUUGUCCAUAUAUAUCAGGUUCAAAAACGUUAUCUUAAAACUGAAUAGGGCACUUUGGUAAAGGAAGCUCAUGUUUUUCGUAAAUCGGGAAUGUAAUCCUCUUCUCUAAAUCUCCUAAUCUCCUUUCCUCUUUUCUUUUCUCUCCUCUCGUCUCCUCUCCACUAGCUCCUAGCCUCUCCUCCCCAAAAGUGUAAUAUUACUAGGCUUCGCGUAUAUCCGGAGAUAAGGGCACAAAGCCAAACCCACUUCCUCUUGCGUGACUUCAGAUUGAGAAAAUGACAUUAUAUAUUCCGACUAUA